UUUUAUGGUAAAAAUAUAAAUUAUGUGGUUAGUAGCUUAAUAACUAAAAAAUUUAAUCAAUUAAAAAAGACAAAUGUGUUUAUGAAACAAAAUGUAAAAGAAAAAACUAAAAUAAGAGUUACUCAUUAGUCAUUGUCCGCAUGGGCACCAAGCGGCAACUAGCCCCAAAACGAAAAAGAAAUAUUUCCAUCGGUGGAUCUCUGAACAGAGCCGAAGCGGAACGAAUGCUCGGAUUCGCCCAGAAGCUAGCUCCUCCUGUCGGGGGAUUCCAUCAGAUCAAGGAUUUCGCUACGACCGUCAUAGCUCAGGAGAUCGAUCCCCUCUUCGACGGCUCCGACAAGAUUUUGGCCAUCACCGAAGUCGGCUAUCUCCGGCGAGAAGAUGAAGGAAAACCACGACAACUGGUACUCAAUUCUUCAGUUUGAUCCCACCGGCACUGACGACGCAGACCUCAUCAAGAAACAUUACUGCUACCUCGCCCUCCUCCUCAGUCGGAUAAGAACAAAUUCCCCUUUGCCGAUCAAGCCUUCAAGGUAGCAGAGAAAGAUGGGAAGAUAUCUCUUCUUAUAUUCUGCAUCCGCGCUCCCAUAAAAAUAGUUCGCGAAU